CGAAGUUGACAACUGUCAUUUCCAAAAUAAAAACAUAACCUCUCCACAAUGCCAGUUUAAUAAGUUUUCAAAUCAUGCCAGAAAAGUAUGUAUUAGUCGAAUACAUAAGUUCAGUUAGCAAUGUUCUUGCCCAGACCUUCCAGUCUAUGCAACGUAUUAAGCUGACUUGUUUUGAUGUUUCCAACAAUUAUAUUGUAUUUGGGGCAAGCAGCGGAGGAAUCUACAUUUUUACAAGAGAACCUUGCGAAUUUAUUAAACUCAUUCCCAGCAAGGAAGGAUCCGCCACAAAUAUUUUAAUAUCUCCAAAUGAAAAGAAGAUUGCAAUAAGCAGUUCAAAAGGUCUAAUUGUUAUUUUAGAAAAUAUUUUCGAUCUAAAUUAUGAUGUGUAUUCUGAACAUGAAGGUCAAAUAAUAACUGCUCUAAAAUGGCAUAAUGAUGACCUAUUUUGUGGGGAUAAUAAUGGAAAAAUUUCACUGACUAACACUACAAACUUAUUGGCUAAAGCUAUUUUUCAAUCUCCCUCCACUUCUUUAAUGCAUUUGGAUUCAUGCAUAGUACAAAUCGACUGUUUUUCGAAAUAUCUAUUGAUGUCCACUCAAACUAGAGCUUAUUUCUGUGAUACUGACCUACAACAAUACAGGCAAAUAGGAAAAAAAUUACGAGACGGUAAUUUUGGCGCUGUUUUUUUCAACACACCUUCCAACUUGGACCUUGAAACUAUAACACAUAACAGAGGCUUGUUUCAAACUGGGGAACAUGUUAAUUUUGGUAGUUGUAAUAUAGAUGCCAAAAUUUACUGUGGAAGACCAGGCGCCAGACUUUGGGAGGUGAAUUUUGAGGCUACAGUGUUGAAAACACAUCAGUUCAGGUCUUCCUUUGGAAAUCCUCCUUCUGAUAUUGUUCACGUGGGUGAUAAAUUGGAUGAAAGAAUAAAUAUUUCCAAGUUUACCAAAGAUAAGAAUUUAGUUGAAGAUUUUAAUUUUGGAAGGAUUUUAAACAUUUCUAAUAAGUUUAUUUUGACUUAUGAUAAAGAUUGUAUUUUUGUAUUUAAUCCUAUUGAAAGUAAUCUAGUCUUUUGGACCAAUUCGUUAAAAAAUAUAAGAGAUAUAAGGAUUGUAAACUCCUUUAUUUACAUUUGGAGAGAUAGUUUACAAAUCAAUGUACUUUCUAUUACAAAUUUAGAAGAUUUAGUAUUACAAACUUUAAAAGAAAAACAUUAUUAUUUAUGUACAGAAUUGUGUCUUUAUUAUUCCAAAGAUUUAUACAAUAUGUUAGAGUCUUCAAAAAAAUUAUAUUUACUUACAUCACUUAAAAGCAAGCUUCUGGAAUUGAACGAAAUGGAUUUGAUGGAAAAAAUUGAGCCAAUGCUACUGAGAAUCAAGGAAUUAUCUAGUAACAAAAUAAAAUCGAAUAAAUUAAACAAUGGAAUUGUUUACAUAGAUAAUUCUUAUCCAACAGAUUUAAUACCUGAGUCGGUAGAAAACUUUGUACCAAGCACUUCAACCAAAGCAAAAGAGGCAGUUGAUAAUAAUAUAAAAAUAUAUACAAUGUAUAAGCAAUAUAAGUUGCACCAAACGCAUAAAAAUGUUGAUAUACCUGAUUUUUGUAAAAUUUUUGAGUCUACUUCUAUAUUUUCAACAAUUGAAAAGUUUAUACAGUAUGUUAAAGAUGAACAUGAUGUUGAUUGCAAGCUUUGGUGUCAGGAACAAUGUUUAAAACAGUUUUCUAAAGGAGAUUUUUGUUUGGAUGAUUUCAAUCCUGAUUUUAAAGCGUUUUUAAGAGAGGGAUUUUUAGAACUGAAUGUGGAAAAUGCAGAGUUAACUUGUAAGUGUAACUUUCCAAUACCAAAUUUACACAAUUGUAUACCAAAGUAUUAUAAACUUGGAGUUACUUUAUUAGAAAAUGAAGAAGACUAUAUUAUAAGACUUCCAUAUAUGUACAAAAAUAAGCUAGGCAAUAUCAGAAAUUUUAAUGAUUUACAAAAAAAUCUUCCUUUACUUUUACAAUUUAGUGAUUUAGACAUUCUUAAAUGUCAUGUGAGCAACUUUACAUAUGAUGUAUGGGAUGAUACAAUCAAACACAUAAUAACACUUAAAAAAGGCAAAUGUUUGAACUGUGGAAAACCUAUUAAUGCCGAGUCAGCCUUAACCUGGUCUCAGUUAGGCUUAUUAAUGGUACAAUCCAUAGGUCCUGAAAAUACCACGAAAUUGUUUAAGAGAUAUGCAAAAUUCAUAGCGAAUGGUGAAUUGGACGCCAAAUUUUAUCAAGCUUGCAUUUUUGCUUCAGUUGCAAAAGUUGGUUUUAAUAAUAAACAAAUUAACUUUUUGGAUGAAGUAUUGAAUAGCAACUCUUCUUGUGAGUUUGAGAAAAAUAUGAAUACUUAUCUAAGAAACAAGUAUUUGGGGAAAUUUAGUUUACCUAUGGCCUGUACUUCUACAAAUAAAAUUCCAAAUUGCCAUUACUGUAACUUACCCAUGAAUACUCCCAUUAUAAACAAUCCAUCUAGAUUAAUAUGUGGUCAUAUUUUUCAUACCCUUUGUUUAAGUCAUAACAAUAAUAAGUGUAAUAUAUGUAAUCACAGUGAAUACAAUAAAGUAACUAUUUAAAUUAAAAUCGUAUUUGGACCGUAAAUCUUUUAUUUUUUGUACAUAGACUAGUAAAUUAGAAGUACUGGCAAAAUAGAGCACAACAGAUUUUUUGGAAAAUGUGAAAACAUCAAAUGUACCACAUAAAAAUUAAUAAAUUAAUUAAAUUUAUUAUUUAAAAUACAGUCAGCUAAAACAUUUCACAGCACAACAAAAAUUCGUUAAAUUGUUAACAAGGACAUAAUUGGAUCACUUUGGUUUGAAUUAAAUAGAUGAAAAAUUGGUGUCACUCCAAACCCAAUGACCAGUUGAUUCCUUGCACUAAAAAUAGGAUCAUAGGUUGCCAGGCAACCAGCCACCUUAUCCAAUCGAGCAGCUGGCCGAAAAGAACGUGCGGUUUUUCCCAGGGAUUACAGAACAUUUUUUUCAGGUCCACUUUUUCUUUGCAAUACGGACAUGUUUGUUUUUUUCCCACUAUGCACCAGCCUCUUAUGCAAAAUUCAUGGAAACUAGAAACAAAUAAGUAGUUUUUUCAAGAAAAUAACUUUUAAAAAUUAUAAAUAGAAUAGAAUCCUAAAAAUACUUACACAUGUUCACAAGAUAGUUUGUAAGUAUUUUCGAUGAUUCCUUCCUCAUCCUCUGUAACUAAUAAUUUAUUUCCACAAACUGCGCAAACUCCGGGGUCUAAAUUUCUUGUCGGCAUGCCUUGAGGGGCGUAAUA